AUGGUUAAGGUUCUGGUAGGAGCAACCGGAGUCAUCGGUCGGCGGCAUCUGAAGCACAUCCUAGAUGAAUCCGAGGCAGGUGGCUCGGCAUCAAUAUUGAUUAUUUUCAGUGACGUUGAUGCAACCGCGCCAGAAUUGGCAAGGAAUUACGGUGUUCCUCACUUCAGGGACAUCGAUGAAUGUGCGGACGCCCAAGCAGAUGGCAGAUCUCUUGCCCAAGCAAUCAUUCUAGCAACUCCGACGCAUACACAUGUGCCACAAGCGAGGAAGCUCUUGGACAUUGGUAUUGGAAUCCUGGUCGAGAAGCCCGUGGCUGCCACUGGCGAGAGCGGAAGAGAGCUACUCGCCACUUCCAAGGGCAAUGAAAACAGCGUCAUUUUGGUUGGACAUCACCGAAGGCAUAACUGUUACGUUAGAGCGAUCGAAAAGGAAAUUCAGGAAGGGAAACUAGGGAAGAUAAUUGCUGUCAAUGGAGUUUGGGCCAUGCGGAAAUCAGAGGAGUAUUUCAAGGUUCCAUGGAGGCAACAGGCUGAAUCUGGUGGUGUGGUUAGAUCCACCCUCCAAUUCUAG